AUGGAUUCCGGACAGCGGGCUGAGAGCUGGAGACAGGAGUUGGUUUGUACGGUGUGCCUCGGGCUGUUAGUGGAUCCAGUGACCCUGGAGUGUGGCCACAGUUACUGCCGCUCCUGUAUCACAGGCUGCUGGCAAGGCCAGGAGCCCAACUUCUGCCCCGAGUGUCUGGAGGUGUUCCCGGGGCUAACCCUCAGGUCUAACCGGGCUCUCGCCAAACUGGCCGGGAGGGCGAGGCAGCUGAGCAGGAACUGGAGGAUGGAGAGCCCGCAGCUCCACUGUGAGUUACACCAGGAAGAAGUGAAGCUGCUGUGUGAAACCGACCAGGAGCUCAUCUGCAGCAUCUGCCGGGACAGCCGGGAGCACAGAUAUCACACCUUCAUCCCCCUCAAUGAGGCUGUGGGCCUUUACAAGGUGAACAAGGGCAAACAGAGGGAGCUGACCACGCCUUCAACCGGAGUAGGACUCUGUCCCUCAAUUCUGGGAAGCUCCAGUUUUAGGCACAACGCUGAGAUCCUGAGGGGAGAGGAUUGGUACCAGGAUCAGCUGAAAUCGUCCUUGGAUUUGGCCGCCAAAAGGAAGGCACAGCUGCUCAAGGCUAAGCAGAAGAUCUCCCAAGUCAAGGAGCAGUCACGCAAUCUGCAAGUCCACAUCAAGUAUGAAUUCGCCAAGAUGCACCGGGCUCUGAGCGAGAUGGAACGGUUCCUGGACGGAGAUCUCCGUGCACGGGAAGGGAUGAUCCUGGAGGCUAUGAAUAGUCACAAUGCGAUGGAACUGGUGGAUAUGGCCCUUCCUCUGGGGAUAUUCAGAGGUCCCUUGCAGUAUAUUGCCUGGAGAGAAAUGCUGGACACUAUCAGCCCAGUGCCGGCCGCUCUGACCCUGAAUCCGAAAACCCCCACCCCCUGGCUGGUCCUGAGUGAGGACCAGUCCGCCGUGAGGAUGGGAGACCGAAGGCAGGAGCUCCUGGACCUGCCCCAGAGGUUCGACCGGUGCGCCUGUGUGCUGGGGUCGGAGGGAUUCACAUCGGGGAGGCACUACUGGGAGGUGGAGGUGGGGGACAAGACCGAGUGGGACCUGGCAGUGGCGAAGAGGUCCUGCAAGAGGAAGGGGAGAAUCAGACGGACCCCCGAGGACGGCUACUGGAGACUGAGCCUCCGAGGUGGGAGCGAGUACACUGCCUUCACCUCACCCCCGACCAGCCUGAGCGUCGUUCCGAGGCCGAGGAAGGUCGGGGUGUACCUGGAUUACGAGGGGGGUGGGCAAGUGUCGUUUUACAAUGCAGCCAGUAUGUCCCACCUCCACACUUUCACUGACACCUUCACAGAGAAACUCUACCCGUACCUCUGCCCCUGUUUGAACGACGGUGGGAAAAAUUCGGUGUUUAUGAAAAUCUGCGGGGUGAAGGCCCACUCUCUGACAUCACCCGGCCGGAGUCUAACUCCCACCGCAGUGGGCCCGUGA